AUGAAGGAAGUCAAUGAACUACUCGAGGACACGCGACUCGAAUCGAUUCAAGAUGCUGGUCUCGCCAUCGUCUCAAUGUUCGGCAACGAUGGCUUUCGUACACCCUCAGCCUACAGCUCUGGCAAACUCACCAACUUGAAUGUCACCAUGGCGAAUCGUAUAGUUGGACGUCAAGUCUUUGUACCCAAAUAUCAGAUGCUGCCAUCAUGUACCGUCGAGCUUGCAGAAGGAUUACAAAUGUAUGUGGACGAAUCAUCUCGUACAGCGUAUCUAUUCAUGGAUGCGACAAUCGACACACAUCAUCUGGCAAAAGAAUGUUGUCAUGAUCAACAACAAGAUGUCAAGUCACAUUUGAUGGAGGAUCGAUCCAAGACGAUGCGUGGUUUACUAUUGAUGUUUCUGGUGUCUCAUUUGGUUAUUCCUAUUCUACCUCCAAGUUUACUGCCAUCCGAUUUCAUGUCCGAGUUGACAAACCUUGCUCAAGUCAAGCACGGCAUUUAUACUCAUCUUGCACAACUACAAUCAGCUUGUUGGAAAUAUUGGGAUAUUGAUGUACCAAGCGCCCUCUUUGAACGAAAGGAAAUUGAGAAUCGACGUGAACGAGAACGUAUCAAUACCAAUUUGAUGGGUUGGUGGGGUCCUGCCAAAGGUGUUCCUCUCAUGGUCUUUGUGGCUGCUGAUGUGAUCAUUCCUCACGCUGACAAGAUCUCACGAUCCAAAUUAUCGGUUGCCAUGAAACGGAUGCAAGAGGUGGUGCAAGCCAGAGUCAAGAACAUCUUUCGAGCAUUUCAUUUGAUACCGCUAGCUGAAGGUGGAUCUGGAAGGGAACCAGUGGAAGUGAGAUCUCUUUUCACACUUCCAACAACAACUCAGCCAUUUGUUCACGUUGUGCCAUCUACACCCUUUGCUGCCAUCUCUUCAUUCAGCGAUAGUAACAGCAUGGAUACGUUUUCUUUUGAUCGACCCGUUUCCAUAUCAACAUGGCUGCGUGACAAUAAUGAUGACAACAUUGAAGGAUUCAACGGCAAAAGAAAGGAAACAAAGCAGCAAACGACUGAAUCUAUUUUGGAUGAUUGUGGAAACAAGCUUCUGCGCAACUUUGUCGCCCAUUGGAUACGUGCAGCUACCACUCGGCAUCCUAUGCAUCUGCAAAUGAUCACAUCCUCAGGCCCUCGCAAAGGUGGUGAUCCAAAACAAUCCAUCCCAUUACCAAAUGGAUUACAAUUUGCAUCAGCGUUAUUGGUCCUCAGGUCGCUGCUUUUUGGUUCUGGUGCAAAGGAUGAAAUGGGUGAUGGUGACUUUCGGAAAGGUGUCAUUGCUUCUUCCCCAGGCGCUCGAGGCAUGAUCCAACAAAUUGAAGUGAUCCUAAGGAAAAAGAUCCGUGAUACCGUGGAAAUUGAACGUGUUUUUUCAAAAAGUCAUUCUUUGGAGAUCAUGCGCAAGUGCGUCGAGACUUAUCUUCAAGAUUCACCCCCUUGUUAUACUCGACAAUAUCAUUUAUGGAAGAGAGAGAAUGUGCUACGCUUAUAUGCUACCCUGUCACGUGGACCAUGUGCAGCAGAAUAUGCUACAAGGCUAGAACGGGAAUGUGAUUUGAUAUGGAAGCAAGGACGCCAAAGCUGUGAGAAGAUUAGUUUGACUGGAAGAGUGUGUCGUCUCAAGGCAGGACAUGAGGACGCUGAUCAGGAGCACGUGAUCAAACAUACCCGGGACAUGGAUGGUACAAAACACAGCAGUGGAUGCAGCUUUUUCCAUGCGUGUACAUGUGGCAAAGUUCAAAAGUUACGCGAGGAUCCUUUCGAUUUGGAAGAAGCCAACAUUGGUUUCUAUACACGUUUCACAUGUUGUCUGGCAGAUGGAUGUAUGGCCAUUGAUAUCCAAAAAUCAAAGUUUGGUGCCGAGGAUCAGCAACAACUUUACACCGACAAUGAGCACAUUCCUCAUUUUGAGUCAGCUUUGCUUUACCUUGGUCCAGCAUCUGUAUACCGCAAUAGCAUUGGCUUGGAAAAGUGCGAGGGCUUCAUGAGCAAUACCAAUUACCUUUUACCAUGGAUACUGGCAAAGGUGAAUGAUCUUCAGAAGAAGGAACAAGCUGCAUCGAAGAAUGGCAGUUCAUCAGCGGACAAAAAGGCGAUUGAUGCGAACGAGUGGCCGUUACCUGGAAAGAGCCCCGAAAUCAAAUCCAAAUCGACUUCAUCACCCCUCACCAACUUGGAAGCUUUUCCUGCAUUGGGUACUGUAACAGCAACCGGAUCAACUAGCAACAUCGUUACUGCUCCAGUGAAUACCGUAUCAUCGUCACUACCAGAGACAAAGAGGCAUGAAGAAACACCAACAGUGCCGAAGAAGGAAAGACGCCGACGUGAUGGUCGACGUAGGGAUCGUGAGCAUCGUCUUGAAGGAUUGAUCCGUGGCUAUGUGGGAGCUGAAUAUGAAUGUCCUCAUGGUCAUCGAUUUUUGAGCUGUGGGGAUGGCAGAAUAUGCAAGAUCGGUCAUAAAGGGCAUCCAAAGGAUCACGGCAAUUAUUUUGUUCAUCAAGAUGUCCCUUUGUAUGUCCCAUGUCCAUGUAACUUUGCCACACCCAAGAGUACUACAGCUUCACCUGAAAUCAUUUCGCAAUUGCAACGACUUUAUGUUGUCACUCCCGAUUCAACAGCAGUAACGGUAUCAAUGAAGCCAAGAAUUAAGAUUGUUGAUAGCGAGGAUCAAACAUUUGAAUUCGAUUUGGGAUUCAAGGAUGCUUUUACGUUGCCACGCAACAGUCUCCAUGUGCUACGACUACCUUAUAUUUACACCACGCCAUCCGGUGAUGUGAUUCCCAGUGGACCUGAAGUUAGCCAACGACUCAAGAAUGCUGUAUUGCUCAAGGAAUGCUUCCAAAUUCACGAGCAACUUGGACAACAACAUCAAGAAGCCUCCUAA